AUGUUGCAUCAAUAUCUACCUGCAUCAGUAAAAAACUUAAAAAUACAAGAUGAUAAUAUUAAUAUAAUAACAAGACAAGGAAGAAAUACAACUAAGCUAAGUUUUUGUUUAAUAUGUCAUGAUGAAGCACGUAAUUUUAAUUAUGGUACACUUUCUUGUUAUUCAUGUAAAACAUUUUUUCGUCGUCAUAGUUCGCAUAUAAAAGAUAUUCAUCCAUGUCCAUAUGGAGGUCAUUGUAAAAUAACAGUACAAACACGAAAAUAUUGUAUGUCGUGUCGAUUAGCUAAAUGUUUUGCAAUGGGUAUGUCAACAGAACUUAUUCGAAAAGAAUAUCGAAGAUCAAAAUAUUCUUCAUCGAUUAAAUCAAAUAGGAAAUCAAUAUCAAUUCUACCAAUCACUUCAUUAAAUUUAUUAAACAAUGAUCAAUCAUCUCUUAAUAGUUCUGAAUGGAAUUUAUUAUCAAAUGUAGUUCAUGCUUUUAAUAAAUUCAAUAUGAUUCCAUCAAUACAUAAUAUAAUGAAAUAUUUAGAUCUCAUUGAACCUACAAUUGAAAUUAAUAUAUCCGAUUCAUUGAAUCUAUUUAAUUCAUUUUAUAUGUCAGUAAAAUCAUUCGUUAGUGUCACACCUGAUUUUCGUAUAUUAACUGUUGCGGAACAAUGCUCACUUUUUCAACGUAAUUUAAAUGGUCUAUUUAAUCUUUAUGGUACAUUAAUGCUACGCGAUGCUGGAAUAUUUGAUAAUAUUAGAAAUGAACGUAUUUUGAUACCUUUAUAUGGACAUGAAGUUGUUCGUCAAGCAAGAAAAAUUAUUAUGAGACUUGAUUUCGAUUCGACAAUUGUUAAAAUUAUUCAUAUGAUUUUUGCUUUUUCUACGAAUUGUUAUGCAGUCGAUUAUGAUCCACAUAUGAAUAAAGAUCCUCUUCUUCCAGGUACUUUUCGUUUAUUUGGUAGUCAAAAUGUAUAUACUGAAAUAUUAUGGAAAUAUAUGAUAUAUCGAUAUGGUUAUAAAGAAACAAUUCUUCGUUUUGCAGCACUUAUUAAACAAAUUCUUGAUCAAAUUAUGGCCACAACAGAUAUUUAUAUCAAUAAUCGACAUCAUCGAACACUUGUGGAUGAUUCGAUUAAAGAAGCAGAAACUGCAGUUAUUCUUAACGAAAAAAAUCUUACUCCAUUAUGGGGAAAAGACAAUCAAUUUGACUAUUAA